CUUAAAAUAGCAAAUUGUGAAUAUUUUGUUUUCAUUUUUCUUUUUCGUAAAUAAAGUUAGUUUCUCAGAUUAGUUUUAUUAUUACGUAGCAGCAAUGGAAACAAAAGCUCAAAAAAUACCAAAAGUGGCUAAAGUGAAAAAUAAAGCGCCAGCAGAAAUCCAAAUCACUGCUGAGCAGCUUUUGCGAGAAGCUAAAGAAAGAGAUCUUGAAAUCUUGCCACCGCCCCCGAAGCAAAAGAUCUCUGAUCCAGCAGAACUAGCAGACUACCAGCUUCGAAGGCGUAAGCAGUUUGAGGAUAACAUUCGCAAAAAUCGGAUGGUAAUAUCUAAUUGGAUAAAGUAUGCGCAAUGGGAAGAGGCACAGAAAGAAAUACAAAGGGCAAGGUCUGUUUGGGAAAGAGCACUUGAUGUAGAUCACCGGAAUAUUACAAUAUGGUUAAAAUACACAGAGAUGGAAAUGCGAAACCGCCAGGUGAACCAUGCAAGAAAUCUAUGGGACCGAGCUGUUACAAUUCUACCCAGAGUAAAUCAGUUUUGGUACAAGUACACUUACAUGGAAGAAAUGUUGGAAAACAUCCCUGGAGCUAGAGCAGUUUUUGAAAGAUGGAUGGAAUGGCAGCCUGAUGAACAGGCUUGGCAGACCUAUAUUAACUUUGAAUUGAGGUAUAAAGAGAUUGAUAGAGCUCGUAAAAUAUAUGAGAUAUUUGUAAUCACACAUCCAGAUGUAAAACACUGGAUUAAAUAUGCACGAUUUGAAGAAAACCAUGGUUUUAUACAUUCAGCAAGGCAAAUUUAUGAAAGAGCUGUACAGUUUUUUGGUGAUGAACAUAUGGAAGAGAAACUAUAUAUUGCUUUUGCCAAGUUUGAGGAAAACCAAAAGGAACAUGAUAGAGCAAGAGUUAUUUAUAAAUAUGCAUUAGAUAACAUCCCUAAAGAAGAUACUAAGGAGCUCUAUAAGGCAUAUACAAUUCAUGAGAAGAAAUUUGGUGAUAGGACAGGUAUUGAAGAAGUUAUUGUCUCCAAAAGAAAGUUUCAAUAUGAGCAAGAAAUUGCUGAAAACCCUACAAACUAUGAUGCCUGGUUUGACUAUAUAAGACUUGUUGAAGGACAAGGGGAGACUGAUAUUAUUAGGGAGACCUAUGAAAGAGCUAUUGCAAAUGUCCCACCAUCAAAAAGUAAAGACCUUUGGAGAAGGUAUAUUUAUUUAUGGAUAAAUUAUGCUUUUUUUGAAGAACUUGAAACCCAAGAUUAUGAGAGAGCUAGACAAGUUUACAAGGCAUGUCUAGAACUAUUGCCCCACAAAGUUUUCACAUUCUCAAAAAUUUGGUUGUUAUAUGCCAAGUUUGAAAUUAGACAAAAAAAUUUGACCACAGCUAGAAAGUUUCUUGGCAUGGGCAUAGGUAUGUGCCCAAGAGAUAAGUUAUUUAGAGGCUACAUAGACAUAGAAAUCCAAUUAAGAGAGUUUGAUAGAUGCAGAACCCUUUAUGAAAAAUUCUUGGAGUUUGGGCCAGAAAACUGUGUUACAUGGAUGAAAUUUGCUGAAUUAGAGACACUAUUAGGAGAUGUAGAGAGAGCUAGAGGUAUUUAUGAACUUGCAGUUAAUCAACCCAGAUUAGAUAUGCCUGAGCUGUUGUGGAAAUCUUAUAUAGAUUUUGAAAUAUCUCAAGAAGAAACAGAGAAUGCUAGACAGUUAUAUGAACGACUUUUGGAAAGAACUUCACAUGUUAAAGUAUGGUUGUCUUAUGCUAAGUUUGAACUAAAUCAAGAAGCUGAAGAUGGUAUGAACAUAAGAUUGGCUAGAAGAAUAUUUGAGAGAGGAAAUGAGAAUCUUAAAAAUUCAAUAGAUAAGGAAAACAGGGUGUUGCUCUUCGAAAACUGGAAAGAGUUUGAAGUAACACAUGGAGAUGAAGCAUCUCAAGAAAAAAUUAAUAAUAAAAUGCCUAAAAGAAUUAAGAAAAGACAAAAAGUGGUGGAUGAUGAAGGCAAUGAACAAGGAUGGGAGGAGGUGUUUGACUAUAUCUUUCCAGAGGAUGAAUCGAAUAGGCCUAACCUCAAACUGUUGGCUGCAGCAAAGAAUUGGAAAAAACAUGUUCCUCAAGAUGAUGAAAGUAAAAAGAGUAAUGAAGCAGAGAGUUGAAAAAAUGUACUGUCAACUUUUUUUAAUACUGUAAUAUAAUUUUUAAGUCA